UCAGUUGUGAAUGAGAUUCUGAAGCUCAUGGAUGGUAUCUACACGCCUAGCUAAGCGAGGAAUUGUGUGCGAAAUAUAAAAUUCCAAGUGUAGCGGUGUGAACCAUCUGGAGCUAAAAAGUGUCUUUUUGGUGAAUUUCCAUUGAUGAUAAAAUAUAAAAUUUUGGUGGAAAAAUGCGGGCUAAGAACGCAAGUAAUUAAUGCGACGUUAUGCAAGUGACUCACAUUCCCAAUUGAUUUGUUAGAUUGUGCAUCGCUGUGUGCGCGCAUUGUGUUGAUUUAUUUUGUGUAGACACAAAGAAAUUUGUUUCUUUGGCAAAAACAUCUAUGUACUAUAGAGGGGUGAAAAAAAUAAACUUCCCCUUUAUAAGAAAUUUAUUCUCAAACAGAAUAGUUUCUGUGCUUAAAAAACUAUAAAUUGAAUGAGAAAAUGUGUUUUGCUAGUGUAUGAGCUUUAAAGUUUUCUGACAGAGUGUGGUUCACCUUGAAAGGUGCUUUUUUUUAGUUUAAAUAUCGCGGCACAUGAAAACAGACGAAAUUCCUUUACACGAUGGUUCCGUGAAAUUUAUAAAGAAGUAAAAUGUAUCGAGGCACGGGAAUAAAACAUCAAGUUGAGAUGCUUGGAAGUGCUGUGAUGGUUCAAGAUUCAACUCCUGCCACGGAGGAUUGCAUGGCGGAGAAUGUGGCUCUUGUGCCGCGCAAAAAUGACUUCCUGGCGGUAUCAAUUGAUUCACAGAACAAUCGAAUGCGAGUCGCCCUUGGUGUCCUUAUGAAGCUCCUCGUACCCAUUCUCAAUGGUGUCGUAAAGGGCUGGCAUGGGAUCCGGGGAAUUCGAAUUCUACGCUCCCUGCGAAAUUUACGCUCCAGCCGGGGUUUGCUUACGAAUCUCCUCGCAUACACGGCCAAUUCUGUCUCCAUGAGUCUCUCAUCCGUGCAGGUGGUCCACAAGAUCGAUCCUCUGCUGAAGAUGAUGAAAUUGAAACGUGGAUCUGCUCUUCCGGGACGCAUUCCUGCCCUCCUUAUGGAGGAACCUGAAAAAUGCGUGACGCUGAAUGUUCUGGCUGAGCCACCAGCGGGUACACAAAUUCGCGCGGAUGUCAUCUUCAUCCAUGGGCUGCACGGAUCAUUGGUGAAUACGUGGAAGCAGGGUAUGUGGGAUGUCAAUGGACGACGACAGCGCAUCCAGCAGAAUGUUGAGCGUCCACCACGACCACCUAUUAGGCCUCCCAAACGUCCCCGGCACUCCCAUCAGAUUCCUCCGCCACCACAUGUGGCAAAACGGGCACGUCACUACUCCAAUCCACUGCUGAAUGAUGAGGAAUUUGAGAACCUCAUCCGGAGGGUGUGCUUCGAGGCACAACAAAAUCUUGCUCAUUGCUUCAAUGAUGAGAGUGUCUGGGAAGAAAAGCAAUUGAGGCUUCCUACUUUUAGAACACGCUACUCUGAGGAUGAUCUACGCGAGUGCCCAGGAACACCUCCACAUGCUGCACCUGAAGAUCCCUCCGGGGAGCCAUACAGUAAAUGUUGGCCACGCGAUUGGCUGCCCGUUAGCUGUCCAGGUGUUCGGGUGAUUGCUCUAAAUUACACAACGGAUCCCUACUUAUGGCGUCCAGUGUGGGUAAAGAAGCGCAAUAGGACAUCUCUUGUGGAACGUUCCAGGGAGAUGACUGAACUCCUCAUACAGCACCGUGUUGGUGUUGGGCACCCCAUUGUAUGGGUGGGACAUUCCAAGGGAGGCAUCUUCAUCAAGCAGAUCAUUGUCGAUGCAUGGGAGAGUGGGCGCGCUGAGAGGGCUCCACUUUGGCAAUCAAGUCGAGGGAUUCUCUUCUAUUCCGUACCUCACCGAGGAAGUUCCUUGGCUGACUUCAACUUACCCCUUCUGAGGCAAUCAGUGGAACUCACAGAAAUUCAAAAGAAUUGCCAGAGCAUCUUGGAGCUUCACAGACGCUUCUUGGCCCUCUACUAUGGCGGACAGCUUAAGAUUCGCGUCUACAGCUUCAUCGAAACCGCCCUAACACUCAUGUCUGUGCUGUACCUGCGCAUUGUGGGUGUGGAUUCAGCAGAUCCUGGUAUCGGGGAGGUCUGUGGCGUCCAUUUGGAUCACCGAGAAAUCUGCAAACCACGCAACCGCAAUUGCAUUCUGUACACCGAACUCACCAAAAUGAUUAACAAAGUCAGUUAAAAAGAAAAGUAUUCUCCCUUUUAAAAAUUUUCUUUUUUUAGAUUUUAAGAGAGUAUCAAUGUGAUUUAUCUUUAAAAAAGAGUUAAUAAGUUAGAUAGGUAGUUCAAUCAAUUUCUCUUACCAAUCUUUAAUUACUAUUAGUACCUACCAAUUUUACUAAAAAUUCUACGACUCAGCCGAAAUUCAAAAGAAUAUUUUUGAUAAUUUGGAUAAAAUCUUAAAUAUUAAAAAGAAAAUCAAAUGUUAGUAAAUAGGCAAGCCAUAAGUCGCUUAAGAAUUGAUAAAAAAUGGAAAUAAAUAUUUUAAAAUGGAA